AUGGUGUCAUGGAAAGGUGAUUUCCACAAGGGGUUAAGCGCCCUGCCCAAGGGCACGGUGACAGACAAGUUCCCGACCGCCAGGCCCACCAAUCUAACCCCCCAUCUCCUCUCCUCCUCUACCCCAGGGCGGUGUGCCAGCUGUGGGGAUAAUGUGGUGGGUGAGGGUACCGGCUGUACCGCCAUGGACCAGGUCUUUCACGUGGACUGCUUCAUCUGCAUGACCUGCAGUGGCAGGCUGCGCGGUAAACCCUUCUACGCUGUGGAGAAGAAGGCCUACUGCGAGCCCUGCUACAUCAACACCCUGGAGUCCUGUAACAUCUGCAGUAAACCCAUCAUGGAGCGUAUCCUGCGGGCUACAGGGAAGGCCUACCACCCACACUGCUUCACCUGUGUGGUGUGUCAACGCAGCCUGGACGGUAUCCCCUUCACUGUGGACGAUGCCAACCACAUCCACUGCAUCGACGACUUCCACAAAAAGUUUGCCCCUCGUUGCAGUGUGUGUUCUGAGCCCAUCAUGCCAGCUCCAGGCCAGGAAGAGACUGUUCGUAUCGUGGCCUUGGAUCGAGACUUCCACGUGCAGUGUUACCGCUGUGAGGACUGUGGUUCUCUGCUGUCUGAAGGGGACAACCAGGGUUGUUACCCCCUGGACGGACAUGUCCUCUGUAAGAGCUGUAACACCAGCCGUAUCCAGGCCCUCACCGCCAAGGCUACCACUGACCUCUGAACCCAAGAUACCCUGUUGUUCCCGCUGUCUGCUCCCAUAGCCCUGCUUGGCUGGCUGCAGCACGCACACACACACACACGCACGCACACACACACACACACGCACGCACACACACACACACACACACA